AUGACAGUCAGAGACCUCCCCACUGAGCUGUUGAUGACCUCAGCUGAUGAGACAUCUGAGCUGUGGGAGACAGACAGAGCCAAUCCAGUCCUCAGCCUCUUCUCGUGGGUCACUCCAGAGCCAAAGCAGAUUCCAGGCUCUCUUAAUUUGCUGGAUCCAGACUUUGCUGACUUGGGAGUGCCUCCACCUCUGCCCUCCUGUCAGUAUGAUAUGGUAGGUCCAGAGGGCAUCGUUGAGUCACAUCAGAUCACCAGAGAUGGGAAAGCUGGUGCCACUGAGGCUGUCGACUGUAAAUGGUACAUCCGUGCCCCACCCCGUUCCAAGAUCUACCUGCGCUUUCUGGACUAUGAGAUGGCAAACUCCAACGAAUGCAAGCGCAACUUUGUAGCAGUCUAUGAUGGAGGAAGCUCGGUGGAAGACCUGAAGAGCAAAUUCUGUUCCACUGUGGCUAACGACAUCAUGCUGGUGUCCACACUGGGAGUUAUCCGGAUGUGGGCAGAUGAGCUCAGCCGCAAGAGUCGCUUCCGUAUUCUUUUCACAACCUACCAAGAACCUCCUUGUGAUGACGAUGCCUUCUUUUGUCACAGUAACAUGUGCAUAAACUACACUCUAGUGUGUAACGGCAUGCAAAACUGUGUCUACCCCUGGGAUGAGAACCAAUGCAAAGAGAAAACUAAUACCAAAUUCCUGGACAACCUGAACUCCUCAAAUGGGGCCAUAAUUGGGGUGACCUGCUGCAUCGUGUUCAUCCUCCUCAUCGUCUCAGUAAUUGUUCAGAUAAAGCAGCCGCGUAAGAAAUACAUUUUCCGACGAGAAGACUUUGACCCCACCAUGUUUCAGGAGGUCUUUGAACCCCCCCACUAUGAGCUAUGUACUUUACGGAGUGCCGCCACACCCACAGCGGCCUCUGCAGAUUUGGUUGACUUGGCGGAGGACUUUGAGAACUACCACGCCCUUCGCCAGGCCUCCUCCCGCUGCAUUCAUGACCACCACUGUGGCUCUCCCUCUUGCCCUGGCUCUGCACACAUAUCACAGCUGUCACUCAGCGGUCGAGGGAGCAGGAGUAACUUAAGUGCCCGCGACUCAGGGGCCACGGCAGCUCUGCUCACAGACCUUCCGCAGCCACCCAUGUCUGUGCGGCCCCUGCUGCCAGCCACAGGGAACCGUAGGAGCAUCUUGGUCAUGAAGCACAGCUACUCUCAAGAGGCGGCAGACAAUGGAUGCGACCUGGAUGACGACCUGGAAGACGUUCCAACCACCAGCCAUCGACUGUCACGCCAUGAAAAGGCAGUACAGCGAUACAUCAGACAGAUGCAUCAUUCCGCUGCAUCUUGCCAGGUUUGACAUCAUUUGAAGCUAAGGGUUUUCUCCUGUGUGCAACCUGAGUGAUGAACUCUGAGUAACUUUACUGCUGUAGAGUGCUGUAAUCAGAAUAUAUUUUUUAAGUUUCUGAAAGUUUUUCCUUCCUUCCUUCUGCCUUGGACAAUAAAGGUGCCCCUCAUCCCCACUCCCACCCUGUGCUGAUCAGAUAACUGAUCUUUCUUUUUAAGUGAAGUACCUUUAAUGUAAAAUAGCUCUUAAGUAAAAAAAAAAAAAAAAGGACAGAAUCAGGUUUCUUAUUACGUUUUCACACAUUCUUCAAAACAUACUUACCAUUGCACAUAUUUUACACUUUGAUGUUACAGUUUUGCUUUAGAGAUGAAUUUAUAGAUUGAUUUAGAGAUUGUUUUUAUAUUGAAAUUAACAGAGCAGGAGAUGUGAAAUCACACUAUGGUAAACUUACAAAUGAAUUUGCUGAUUAUUAACAUUUACCUGAUAACACUUCAUUGGCACUCUGUAUUUUUUAUUAUCAUGAUUAAUUCAUCGGGUUACUUUAGUUUGAAACCUGCUUUUGUUUAUUCUUUUUCUUUAACUAAUUUAGUAUGUAUUUGAUAAUAUAAGAAAAUGCUGGACUGAAUU